AGCUUUGCAUAUGGAAAUAAAACAACACGGUAGGUAGUUUUAAAUGACUUUAUUGUUUUUCGAAGUAUUCUCCAGAUUAAUAUAUAUCUGCAUGUGCUCGAACCAAUUUUCGAAGCACUUAUUCCACUCGUUUGCUGGCAGAUCCAAAACGGCAUUUUUGAAUGCGUCAACUGCUUCUUCUGGUGACUGGAACCUUUGAGCACACAUCUGUUUUUAAUUUUCGGGAAAGUAAAGAAAUCGUUAGGACUUAGAUCGGGACUAUAUGGAGGAUGGUUCAAUAAUAACAC